UCGGCCUCAGCUUUCCAAAGCUGUAAGCUUUGGCUGGGAGUGGCGUGGCGCACUCUGCUCCUCCAGACUGAAAACCACCUGUAUGGAUGACCAGACCUCUAGCGUGAUCCUUCCGCCCGCGUCAGCGGGACACAGGGGAAGCAACGAGUCUGACAACCGGGGUUAUGCCGAGGAGGAGAAGGGCGUCAUGACGGUGGAAAACAUGCUGGAGGAGUCCGCCGUGCUCUCAGCGCCUCACCUGUCGGUGGACCGAUAUGAGCGCAGCCGCCAGGGAUGCUGUGAGAGGGUGGUCAUCAACAUUUCUGGUUUACGUUUCGAGACGCAACUGAAAACUUUCAGCCAGUUCCCAGACACGCUGCUGGGGGACCCGAGGAAGAGGAUGCGCUACUUUGACCCACUGAGAAACGAGUACUUUUUCGACAGGAACAGACCAAGCUUUGAUGCCAUCCUCUACUACUAUCAGUCAGGAGGACGAAUACGGAGACCUGUUAACGUUCCCAUUGAUAUUUUCUCAGAGGAGAUCAGGUUUUACCAACUCGGUGAGGAGGCCAUGGAGAAAUUCCGCGAGGAUGAAGGGUUUAUAAAAGAAGAGGAGCGCAUCCUCCCCAAAAAUGAUUUCCAAAAACAGGUUUGGCUUUUGUUUGAAUACCCUGAAAGCUCUGGGCCAGCAAGAGGGAUAGCCAUCGUUUCAGUGCUUGUUAUUUUAAUUUCAAUUGUUAUUUUCUGCAUGGAGACUCUGCCGGAAUUCCGGGAUGACAGAGACCAAGCCACAGUGGCACCCGCAGUUAAUGGCACUGCUCCCUUCAUGUCAAGUCCAUUCACAGACCCUUUCUUUGUCAUCGAAACGUUGUGCAUCAUAUGGUUUUCUUUCGAGUUGCUGGUCAGGUUUUUUGCCUGUCCAAGCAAAACUACCUUUUCCAAAAACAUAAUGAAUAUCAUUGAUAUCGUCGCCAUAAUCCCCUACUUUAUCACUCUGGGGACAGAGCUGGCCGAGAGGCAAACCAACGGCGGUCAGCAGGCGAUGUCCCUCGCCAUCCUGAGGGUGAUAAGACUGGUGAGGGUCUUUCGUAUUUUUAAGCUCUCCCGACACUCAAAAGGACUUCAGAUUUUGGGACAGACCCUCAAGGCCAGCAUGAGGGAACUUGGAUUGCUCAUAUUUUUUCUUUUUAUCGGAGUUAUUCUCUUCUCCAGUGCAGUUUACUUUGCAGAAGCAGACGACCCCACUUCAAGUUUCUCCAGUAUCCCAGAUGCGUUUUGGUGGGCAGUUGUCACCAUGACCACAGUUGGUUAUGGAGACAUGCAUCCGGUCACUAUUGGUGGUAAAAUAGUGGGCUCUCUGUGCGCAAUAGCAGGAGUGCUGACCAUUGCCUUACCCGUGCCAGUGAUUGUGUCCAACUUCAACUACUUUUACCACAGAGAGACUGAUGGAGAGGAGUACCCACAGUAUCACACUACAGGUAGCUGUGAGCACCUCCCCUCAGAGGAGUUGAGGAGGUCGUGCAGCUCCUCAUCUCUCAGCAAGUCAGAGUACAUGGUGAUAGAGGAGGGCAUCAACAGUGCGUUCAAACAACCCAACUUCACCACCGAAAACAACCAGAACUGCGUGAACAUCAAAAAGAUCUUCACGGACGUGUAAAUGAAACCCGCCAUGGAUCAUUUAUGAAGCAUGAUGAAACAGUACCUAUAAUAUUUUUAUAUAGCCACUUGUAACGUGUCAGUCCAUAUCUGUGGAUGAAAGCUGCAAAUUUCUGUUUUAACAAGGUAUUAAU